AUGUCUGAAGAAACUUUUACUGCCUAUGCUUGUGCCUCAAAGGGUGCCAAUCUCCAACCUAUGGAAAUGAGCUUUUGCCACUGGGACGAAGAUAUGGUUCAAAUGGAUAUCAUUUGUUGUGGUAUCUGUGGUACUGAUAUUCACACCAUCGAUGAAGGUUGGGGACCUACCGAUUUCCCAUGUGUUGUUGGCCACGAAAUCGUUGGUCGCGUCACCAAGGUCGGUAAGAAUGUCUCUCGUAUCAAGGUAGGCGAUCGUUGUGGUGUUGGUUGUCAAUCUGCCUCUUGUGGCCAUUGUGAUUACUGUAAGAAGGACAUGGAAAACUUGUGUUCCACUCAUUGUGUCUGGACUUUCAAUGACCAUUAUGAUAAUGCUACCAAGGACAAGACUUAUGGUGGCUUUGCUAAGAAGUGGAGAGGUAACCAAAACUUUGUCGUCAAGGUACCCGAACACGUCGAAUCUGAAGUCGCUGCUUCUUUCCUCUGUGGUGGUGUGACCACCUUUGCUCCUCUUAAGCGUUAUGGUGUUGGUAAGGGCUCCAAGGUUGCUGUGCUUGGUAUGGGUGGUCUCGGCCAUUUCGGUGUUCAAUGGGCCAAGGCUAUGGGCGCUGAAGUCGUUGCUUUUGACGUCAUUCCCGAUAAGGUGCACGAUGCUAAGAAACUUGGCUGUGACGAAUAUGUUCUCAUGCAAAAGGAAGAACAAAUGGAACCUCACUACAACACCUUUACACAUAUUUUGGCCACCAAGAUCGUGAACAAGUGUUGGGACCAAUACUUCAAGAUGCUCAAGAACAACGGUAUCUUUAUUCUCUGUGAUAUUCCCGAAGUUCCUCUUUCUGGUAUGUCUGCCUUUGUCAUGUGUGGUAAGCAAAUCACCCUUGCUGGUUCCUUUAUCGGUUCUCCUUCUGUCAUUCAAGAAUGUCUUGAUUUCGCUGAAAAACAUCAAAUCAAGAGUUGGGUUAAUACUUUCCCCAUGGACAAGAUUAAUGAUGCUAUCCAAUUUGUGCGUGAUGGCAAGCCUCGUUACAGAGCUGUUGUUAUGAACUAA